UACCUUGUCCUCUUUACUGGCUUCAGAGAGCCCUGAAGCCAGCAUGGACACCCCACAAAAGGUGGAAAUUCCAGAAUCCCAUAGAAUUCGUGAUUCUCUACAGAUGGUGUGGGUCCUGAAGGGAAACACUUUAUUCUCAGUUCCUUUCAGCAGCAACGUCGAACCUGUGACUAUUUGCUCAGUACCGUGCACAGACACAGAGUCCCACGAUGAACAAAAGGGCAGCCUGAUAUACCUGGGACUCAAGGGUGUCGACCUCUGCCUCUUCUGUGCGGAAAUUCAGGGCCAUCCGACUUUGCAGCUUAAGGAGAAGAAGAUCAUGGACCUGCAUGAGGAAAAGAGUGCACAAAAGCCCUUUCUGUUUCUACGAGGCAUCGAGGGCUCCACUUCCACUUUCCAGUCAGUGGCCUACCCUGGCUGGUUCAUAGCCACUUCCUCCACGGUAGGACAGCCUGUCAUCCUCACCAACGAGAGGGGCAAAACCUACAACACCAAUUUCUAUUUCAGCCCUGAGGAGUUAAUCAGGCCUAGGUAGUGGGUGCUGGUUCCAGGAAAAGGGUCAAGCAUCCAGAGAACCUUCUGUCUGAAAACAGUAGGUCGUCUUGAGACCACACAGCCCUAGUGCCCGUCUGCCGCCCACCUUGUGCUGAUUGCCCUAACCACCUCCUCGAGACGUGCACUUGUGCGCCAUGUGCCCCCCUUGAAUGUUGUCCCCGUGUGAAACUU